AUGAACGAGACAGUCCCUUCAAAAUGCCAGUUAAAGAAAAUGGCGAAGAAGGAGAAGAAAGUGAUGAAAUUCGAAGCUAAGCAGGAGAAGCUGGCCUCAGACUCAUCGAAAAAGUCAGAAAAGAAGGAAAAAACUAAAAAGAAAGAGGUUUUACUGACUGCUGUGGUAGAUAAAUCUGGAAAAAAGGAUGUGUCUGGUGAUAUGCCUGAUUCUUACUCCCCAAAGUACGUGGAGGCUCUUUGGUAUGAGUGGUGGGAAAGCAAUGGCUUUUUCAAGCCAGAAUUCCAGACCAAUUCUCCGGACAAAUUUAUCAUGGUUAUACCUCCUCCAAAUGUCACAGGAGUUUUGCAUUUAGGUCAUGCCUUGACAAACAGCGUUGAAGAUGCUAUUACACGCUGGCACAGAAUGAACGGUAAAACUACAGUUUGGAUUCCUGGAUGUGAUCACGCUGGUAUUGCUACACAGGUAGUGCUAACUCGACACGAUGUAGGACGUGAUGAGUUUGUAAAACAAGUAUGGGAAUGGAAGGAAGAAAAAGGUGAUCGUAUUUAUGAACAGCUUAGAGCUUUGGGAAGUUCAUGUGAUUGGUCAAGAGCUAGAUUCACAAUGGAUCCUUCUAUGUGUAAGGCAGUAACUGAAGCAUUUGUUCGUCUAUUCGAUGAAGGCCUGAUUUAUCGAAGUCUUCGACUAGUGAACUGGUCGUGCAGUUUGCGUUCUGCUAUAUCAGAUAUUGAGGUGGAUAAACAAGAACUUUCUGGACGUACAUUACUACGUGUUCCGGGAUAUGAUAAACCUGUAGCGUUUGGAGUGAUUGUAUCAUUCGCCUAUCCAGUUUUGCCUGAUCCUGAUAAAGGUGGAUCAGAGACUGAAAUUGUUGUUGCCACCACACGACUUGAAACAAUGUUGGGUGAUACAGCAGUCGCUGUUCACCCUGAUGAUGAUCGUUAUAAACACUUGAUUGGUCGUUCAAUUAAACAUCCAUUAAUACCGGAGAGAAUAAUUCCGAUUGUUGGUGAUACAUUUGUUGAUCCAAAUUUUGGGACUGGUGCAGUGAAAUUAACACCUGCUCAUGAUCAUAAUGAUUGGGAAGCUGGGAAAAGGCAUUCAUUACCAACUAUAACAGUGAUUGAUGAAGAUGGAUUGAUGACGUCUGCUGCUGGUUCUAGGUUUGCAGGACUUCAAAGAUUCAUUGCUCGAGAAGCUGUUCGCAAAGCUCUCGAUGAAUUAGGUCUUUACAGAGGUGAAAAGGACAAUCCUAUGGUGGUACCCAUUUGUUCUCGGAGUAAAGAUGUUGUUGAACCUCUUUUAAAACCUCAAUGGUAUCUUCGAUGUCAAGAAAUGGCCAAUGAAGCUAUGAAAGAGGUUGCUGAAGGUCGUUUACGUAUUAUUCCAAAUUUUCACAUUCGUACAUGGAAUAGUUGGCUGCAAGAUUGUCAUGAUUGGUGUAUUUCUCGACAACUUUGGUGGGGUCAUCGUAUUCCAGCCUAUCAUAUUUCUAUUCGUCAAUCCAGUCAAGAAAAUUUCCAAGUUCUAGAUCCUGCAGAUCAUAAUUCAUGGGUGGUUGGGCGCACAUAUGAUGAAGCACUUCAGAAAGCGUGUAACAAAUUCAAUUGUUCUUCAGAAUGCUUGACUCUUCAACAAGACAGUGAUGUAUUGGAUACUUGGUUCUCAUCUCAAUUAUUCCCAUUUUCUGUAUUUGGUUGGCCGGAUCAAACAGCUGAUUUAAAAGCUUAUUAUCCAGGAAGUUUACUAGAAACUGGUCAUGAUAUCUUAUUCUUCUGGGUAGCGCGUAUGGUGAUGAUCGGUUUAAAAUUAAUGGGACAGCUACCUUUUCAUACAGUCUACCUACAUGCUAUGGUUCGAGAUGCUCAUGGUAAAAAGAUGAGUAAAUCUUUGGGAAAUGCAAUUGAUCCAGUCGAUGUGAUCAACGGAAUAUCGUUAGACGAUUUACAAAAACAAUUGGAACAGGGUAAUCUUGACCCUAAUGAAUUAACACGUGCUCGUCAAGCACAGGCGAAAGAUUUCCCUAAGGGUAUACCUGAAUGUGGUACAGAUGCUCUCAGAUUUGCUUUAUGUGCUUAUACAUCUCAAGGACGGAAUAUUAACUUGGAUAUUUUACGUGUUCAAGGUUAUCGAUUCUUUUGUAAUAAGUUGUGGAAUGCUGUACGUUAUGCACUGUUUCAUUGCUUAGACAAAGAUUUCAUCCCUCCAGAUAUGACUGACUUAAACAGACUGUUUAAUCAAUUACAUACACAUCGUCUUCUAUCUGGUACUGAUCGUUGGAUUCUUUCAAGAUUGGCCAAUGCUGUGAGCCAGUGUAAUUUAGGAUUUACAGAAUUCCAAUUCCCUGCUGCUACAACUGCUUGUUACAAUUUUUGGUUGUAUGAAUUAUGUGAUGUUUAUUUGGAGUAUACAAAACCUAUUACUAAGGUGAAAAAGGAUAUUUCAGAGAUGACUGAAAUAGAAAGUGAACGUAUCAAACUUGUUCGUCAAAUCGUCUAUAUCUGUUUCAAUUGUGGUCUUCGUCUACUGCAUCCAUUUAUGCCGUUUAUAACUGAAGAGCUAUAUCAACGCUUACCUAGGAACAAUAAUAAUAAUAAUAAUGCUAAACUAUUAACCAUAAUUGAUAGCUUGUGUAUUACACCCUAUCCUAAAUCUGUUGAUGUUAAUAUAUUCCGUGAUGAAAAUGGAGUUGAAACAGACUUCCAUCUUGUACUGAAUAUUAUCCAUCGAAUUCGUGCACUUCUCUCAGCCUGUCAUAUACCAAUUUCCCUUGCAAGUCGUCAACCAUUGAAAGUUAAAUUGGUUGCCCCUGAAGCUAUAUUAUCUACCUUGAUAGCUGGACAAUAUGUAAAAGAUGUUAUUGAACCGUUGGGUCGAUGUUGUGUUGAACAAAUAGUCUCUGAUCGUAAACAGAUUGAUACUUCUGGUUGUGUAAGUGGUACAGUUUCAGCAAGUGAUGCUUUAUGGUCAUCAAAUGAUGAAUCGGCUGUUAAUGGUGAUUUAGUACUAAAUGAAGAUAUGUGUUCACCUAUUCAAACCAACUCUUCAACUGAUGAAAAAAGGUUAUUGGUAAAUAGUCCAUUGGUAGUGGUUCCAGCCACUUGCCAAUUAUUCUUACAUGUUGCUGGUUUAAUUGAUGUAUCAUUGGAGCAGAAACGAAGUCAAGAACGCCUAGUUGAACUUAAUGAUUCUAUUGAAAGUUUAUUGAAGAAACGUUCAAAUCCAGCAUAUUCUGAAAAAGUUCCACUAAUGACUCAACUAACAGAUGAGAGAAAGUUGUAUGAAUUGAACUCUGAAUUAGAAGGUUUAAAAGAAGUAUUAUGUAAUCUAGAAGAGAUGAAAAAAGAAGAUAAUCUUAUCAAUGAUUCAUCAAUCUAUGAUAAUCCACUUUUUGAUGCAUUAUCUAAUUAUCUUGGUGUACAGUAUUCUAUACACUCAAGUCUAACAGAUCUAGAGGCUAAAAUUGACAGUAUUCUGGAUGAUCCGUUGAAAGGGGGAAAACAGGCAUCACAACGAUCUAAAGUUAAACAAUGGCUUUCUUGGAGUAUCCGAUCAUUACCAUCUAGUAAUGGAAUUGAUCCGACAAAAAGUUUUGUCUAUAGAAAGACUGUUGAAAACUACUUAACAAGUGGUUUACUCUUUUUGGCUGAUACAUCUUAUCCCACGAUUGCAGAUCUAUCUGUUGCAUAUACACUUGCACAAUAUAAAGAUUAUUCUCAAUGGAUUUCAUAUAAUGCUAAUGAACACGUUGUUGAAUGGUUGAAUAGACUAAAAAAUCAUUUCAGUUCUUCGAAACAAAUUAUAUCACUCAUCAAAAUGAACUGA